GCUUCGAAGUGAAGAAAAGUGAUUAUAGUACAUUGGCUAUAUUUAUGUUUUAAAACAGCUCUGCCGUGAGUCUCUGGAUAAUGGAUGAAAAAAUUAUUUGUCUUUGCGAGGGAAAUAAUUUAACUCCCUUGGUUCAGGCGCUAUCGACGCUGAAACAUCAAAAGGUUGUAGACUUAUUAGAAGCCAGAGUGUUGGAGGGAAGGGGUGAACCAGUUCCUUAUCUUCAAGCUGUAUUCAAAGGUUCACCAUGUGACACUAAAAUUGGUUUGGAAAGACGUACAUUUGUGUUCAAGCAUGCCAUUCAAAUACUCAGUGAAGGUGACCUUAGUAACAAGAUGGCCACUGAAAUUGUUGGAUUUUUACUAAUGGAGCUGGAUGCCUUUCCUGGAAAAAUUCUUGCUGAACUUGCUGAUUUAUUUAUAAAUGCUAUUAAGACUGGUUCCUUCAGUAAUGGAAAAACUUUGGAGCUAUUUCCAAAGGUGCUGUCUGCCGUUGCAGCUAAGGAUGUCAUUCCAAUGCCAGGAGAUUGUGGAGGUGAAAUGGCAGGUCAGGAAUAUAAAAGACAUCUUCUGAACACAUUGUGUUCUAGCAGAUGGGACCCACAAUGUGCUAUUCAUCUGGCUGCUGUUUUCAGGGAUGUGCCAAUGACAUCAGAUGAACUACAUUUUGUAAUGGAGAAGAUAGUGAGAGCCAUGAAAGACCUUGACCUUCAAGAAUUACCUCCAUUGGUGUAUCAGUUACUGCUACUUUCUACAAAGGGUCACAAAAAACUUCUUUUGGAGGGAGUAACAUCAUUUUUUAACAACUUAGAUGAAACAUGUCGCAAGGAGGACAAAGAGGAUAGCUCAGAGGUUCAGACAUUGUCUAAGGAUCAGCUGAGGCAUAUGGAAGGAACUGUGAUCCUUCAUAUUACAUUUGCUGUGAAACAGGAUCAAGACCUGGGAAAGGAGUUUAUCAAAUAUUUAAAGGUUCAUCAAAGCUCCUCAGGGAUGAUUUUGACACCUUUUAAUGUUGCAUUAGCUCUUUCCAUUGCACAGAUCCAUAGAUUUGAAGAAACAAUAUUUGACUUCCUGAAGGCUGCAGUGCUUAGAAGUUUCAAAGAUGAAGACAGAAGAAAGCAAUCCAAAUGGGCUAGAGAAAAUAUCCCAGCAUGUUCUUCAGUUCAGGAUCAAAUUCUAGAGACAGUUCAGAACAGUUUGUUUGGAUGGGAUCAUGUCACUCAGGGAUUGGUGCAGUUGGGAUUCAUGCUAAUGGAUGCAUUUGGUCCGAAGACAUUUGACUCUACAUCAUCACCAAUCCUCUCUCCAACCCAACACUCCUGCAAGCUUGGAUCUUCAGUUCUACUUGAUACUUUUAAGGCCCAUGAGAUGGUUCGUUCUGAAAUACUUCAGCAGAUCCUUAACAGAGUGAUUACCAGGGCAACGACACCUGUUCAUCAUUACAUUGAACUGUUGGCCAGCACAGUGUCUUCAGCACCACAUGUGCUACUAGAAUUACUACCAAGGGUCAAGGAGGCUUUAGACUAUUUGUCAUUCUUACCUCCAAAGUCAGCAGAGGGUUUUUUGAAAGCUAUCCAGCCCCUUUUGAAGAUCAGUUUGACUUUGAGGGACUCUCUCAUGGUUGUGCUACGAAAAGCAAUGUUCUCAAGACAGGUGGAUGCACGUAAGAUCGCCGUUGCAGGAUUUCUCUUGAUCCUUAAAAAUUUUAGGAUUUUAGGUGGAGGUAUCACAUCAAGUCAGCCUGCAAGUCAGCCAAGUCAGCCAUCACAUUCUAGUCAAAUUCAAGUAGAUGUUCAUGUUCGAGGUGGUAACAUGGGAAAUGAAGCACUUUGUUUGGAGAUAUUAGGGAACCUACGAAGAUGUCUCACUCAGCAAGCUGAUGUAAGAGUGCAGCUUUAUGAGGGGCUCUUCCAUGUAUUGUGUAGGAACCCUCAGUUACAACAACCAAUUCUAGAUAUGUUAAGCAACCAGUUCCAAAAAUAUUUGGAGUCAGAUGAAACAGUUAAUCCUCCAGUCAAAUUAGAGCCCUGUUUAUCUGCUGCAGGGGAUCAGAUUUACCUUACAGAGCCACUGGCUCACCUACUGUGUUACUUACUGCACUCAAUGGGAAAAUGUAUUGAAAGUCACAAUGAGGAUGAAAAUGAUGAGAAGGAAUCAAUGGAACACACCCUAAAUGAACUAGAGGAUUUAUUCCAGUCUCUUGUUCGCAGGAUGAACAAAUCAGAGAUGGAAGACUUUGAACUGGAUAAGUCUGCAGACUUUUCUCUUGUCUCAAGUGUUGGUAUAAAGAACAACAUUCUCACUCUUCUAGUUCUUGGAGUUUAUGAGAUUUUGCUAGAGUACAGUUUCUCAGAAGGAGAGCUAAGUGGGGAAUCAGUGGAUGAGAUUCUUCAAUUAUUUGGAAAUUACCACCAGCUUUCAGAGAUACUAAAGGAAAAAUCAAACUCUGCUGGAAAGAAAGGCCGUUCUGCAGCUGUUAAACAGGGAGUUAAAAGUAUGCUUUCACUGGAAUGUUCUGCAUCUUUGUUGAGAGCAUUUUUCAGUGACAGAGCUCCAAGUCAUCAACAAAGUCUAGCUACACUAAGAGGCUUGAAAGAACUGGUGAAGUAUGCUGUUAAUACAGCUAUUCAAAAACUCAAAGAGAUCAGUGAUGGUGGAUUUUGCUCAGGACCUGGUGGCUCUAACAAGGACACCAUUUACAAACACUGCUGUACCAUUGGAAGAGUUUUCUGGAAGCACCUUAAUGGGGACAGCUGCUUGCAGGAAGAGCCAGAUAAGAAGGAGAAGGGUAAAAAAAUCAAUAGUUUGUGUAUAGAGGGCUUCUGCUCAGUGGUUAAUAUCAUGUGCUGCAGGUUUUCCCAAAAGUUGCCUCACUUCAUGAAUGCAAUAGAUUCAACUCAGGAUGGCAGUGGUGGUGCAUUAGAUGAUACAACAGAUCAAGAAGCAAUUUAUGUACAGAUAAAGAAAUUUCAGCGUUUGAUUGUCAGCAUCAUUUCCUCUCCUGAUGAGGACAAAGAAAUCAGUCUGAAGGACAGUCAGUCACUAGUGAAUGUGAUUGCAAUGUUAGCACAUCAUUUGGAGCCAGAUGGACCACAGUUUCAUCAGUUGCAUGCCUGGGUUCAAAUGAUUUGUGCGGAUAAUAAUGUUGAUGAUCCCUCUCUCACUAAGUCUUUGGUGUCCCUGUUACACUCCAUAACAUUCCAAUCGAAAGCAAGUGCAGGACUGGUGCGUGAUGUUGCCCAAGAUGUCCAUAGCCAGCUUGGAGAUGUAGAUGAAGAAAUUGAAGUUGAAAACAGAACUCACUAUGCGAUUAUUAACCCAAGAACUGCUGCACCUACCGUUGCUCUCCUUUUGGUAAAUCAAAUAGAAAAAAUUGUAGACGAAAUGGACUGGGCACUUGUGAAGGUCAAAGGUGACAUGACAGCAUCAGCAGCAGGACUGACGGAAGAAAAGGUGCCAGAUUCUCCCGACAGUUGCCCUCGUGGUAUGUUGGAGCAGGCAUUGUGCCAACGUCUUUGUACUGUUGUGUCUGCUCUCCACGAACUGUCACAGUCUGCUCUUCCAGAAGGUCCAUGUACUGAAGCAACACUGAAGGUGCUGACCAAAAUGUAUGUCACUCUUGGUUCUCUUACGAAACAUUAUUUGUCGCUUUAUAAUCAAAGACUCGGUUACUUGCCUGCAAAGUUUGAAAAGUUGGCAAAAGUUAUGAAAGAGAUGAAGUCUGUGCCGAACUUAAUAUAUGCAAUGGAACAAUAUGAGCGUUACCUAAUACAGCUCUCAAAAAAGUCUAAGAUCAAUCUGAUGGAACACUUUAAACGCAGUUUGGCACGAGACUUUAGAAUAAAUGGUGCAACAUUAGAUGCUGCUCUGAAAGAAGAUUCAAGCAGUGAAGGUGAAGAUGACGAGGGCGAGGAAGAGGAUCAAGAAGAGGAUAAAUCUGAAGAAGAAAAUAAAGAACCUCAAGCGAAAAAGAAGAAAGUGAUGGAAACAAAUAAGAGAACAGGCAAACUAAGUUUAAAGCAGAAAUCAUCAAACAAGCCAUUGUCUCAAGAGAACAAACAUAAUUAAAUACCACUCUUACAUGCAACUGGAUAAGUGACAAAUAGGUGAUCUUACGCUGCCUAAAUCUAAAUAAGUGUUUGGACACAAUUAUACUGUAUUUUCUGCAAUUAUUUUGGUAGAAAAUUGUUUCUCUUUCCAACGCAGCAUCCGUCCCUUUUGAAACAGCUUGGGCGCUAUCAAUAAUCGUUAUUAUUUCUUAUGAAACAACAUUUGGAAAUGUACAACCCAAUGAAUAACUUACACAUGGGCCAUUCCUCUUUGGGGGUUUGCUUAUUUAUUGCUGGAGAACUUACGUAGUUUGAAAAGAUUCACUGUUGACUCGAGUAAACCAAGUCGGCCACCUGUGUAGUCUGUUGCAGCCAAAAUUUCCGAGACUGAAUUGACAGAGUCCCUUGUCCCAUCUGAUAGGUCUACCCAUCUGAUGAACUAAGGCCACAGCCGUAACUGCAAGCUGCUGUGGAAGCCUGUACAUUUUUAUUUUAAUUUUCAUAUAUAUCAAGGGGUUUAAUCCCCAUAUGAGGAAAAAAGGGUUGUACCAUUCAAACCCUUAGUCCACAGUUUAUUUUGUUCCUUGCAACAAUUACUGAAGAGACGUUACAAAUAAUAAGUCAAACUGUUAACUACCUUUUUGAAAAGAUUGAAAGAAAAUGAAAAUCACAAUAGGCGUUGCAUAUUUUAUAUUUGCGUGUUUGACAUCUACAUCCAUGUCCAUUGUGUUUUGUUUCUAAUUUGUCCCAAAGAAGCUAGGAGGGAUAGUUGAAACAGGACUUUUAAUCCACUUUACUCAAGAUAAAAAAUAAAAAUAAAAAAACAUUGAACUUGA